AUGAAGUCCUACGUUAUCACGGCCUACGUCACAAUUCUUCUGGCUGCAAGCGUCAUCUGCGCUCCUGUCGAGGACUCUAUUGCGAAUACCAUCAUCAGCGCACGACAGUCCAAGCCCCCUUCUUGGAGAGCACCGGAUAGCGAUGAUACGUCGCUGAAUAUUACUCGCCGUGAAGCGCAAGUUCGUCCUCCUUCGUGGCGAGAGUCGGACAGCGUUUAG